AUGGGAAUUAAAUGCUCAUAACCUCAAAAAUCGAUAUCAGUAUUUUACACAUUAAACUCAUUUGAUGAAAAGGAAUAACAAAGCCACUAAGCUAGUCAAACUCUAAAUUAUAGCUUUCCCCAGAAGCAAAUUCUGGAGAGCAUUAAAACAAAAUUGUAAUUAUAGCAAGAGCAAAAUCUUCCUCAAUAACCAGAUGAUCCAGGAAGUCCAAUGCAGGCAUUAUCAGAAAAUACUUAGGAAGGUGGUGAAUUUACCAAGUUUAACAAUUCGUGUCCUACGACAACAAGAAUGAACAGGAGCAACUCAAAUUAAAUUUCUUUUUAACAUAAUAAGACGUCGAGUAUUAAAAAUAUACACUUUUCGCAAUCAAUUUUAAAUAAAAAAAAUAUUGAAGCGAAAAAAGGAAUAAUAAAAAAAAGUAGAUAUAAAAGUGAUUCUUAAUCUCCGAGCUCUAUAUAAACUAUCAAGUCUGUUAGAUUUUUAAUAACUGAACAGAUCAGACUGCAAGCAAAAUCAGUCAGAACCAAGAGCCUAUGUAGAAAGCCUUCGACUAGGCUAUUAAAUUCAUCCACUAUUUGUAGUAAUCGUGAUCAAUCUUUAUAUUACAAAGUUGUAUUCUGA